UAUUCCAGAGCCAUGAGGCUAGCAAAAAUGAGCCUGGCCUUCACCUGGGGAGCUGUCAUAUUGGUGCUACAGAUGGCAGGCACAGAACCUGCUGUGAGGACUCCUCAUGACAAACCUAGGGUGUUUGCAGACCUGAGCACCCAGGAGAUAAAGGCUGUGCACAGCUUCCUGAUGAGCAGAAAGGAGCUGCGGCUCCAGCCAUCCAAGAGAGUGACUUUGGCCAAGAACUCAGUGUUUCUCAUUGAGAUGCUACUGCCCAAGAAGACGCAUGUGCUGAAAUUUCUGGAUAAAGGAGGAAAAAGCCCUGUGCGGGAAGCCAGGGCCGUCAUCUUCUUCGGUGCCCAGGAGCACCCCAAUAUCACCGAGUUUGCUGUGGGGCCCCUGCCAUUGCCGUACUACAUCCGAGAACUGUCCCCCAGGCCAGGGCACCACCUGUCCUGGUCAUCCAGACCCAUCUCAAUGGCAGAGUAUGACCUCCUCUUCCACAUGCUGAAGAGAGCCACCGCACCUCUGCAUCAGUUUUUCCUUGACACCACUGGCUUCUCAUUCCUGGACUGUGAUGACCGGUGCUUGACUUUUACCGACGUGGCUCCCCGUGGGGUGGAGUCUGGUCAGCGUAGAAGCUGGUUUAUCGUGCAGCGCUAUGUGGAAGGCUACUUCCUGCACCCCACGGGUCUGGAGAUCCUUGUGGAUCACGGGAGCACAGAUGCCCAGGACUGGAGAGUGGAGCAGCUCUGGUAUAACGGCAAGUUCUACAACAGCCCAGAGGAACUGGCUCAGAAGUAUGCAGAUGGAGAAGUGGACACAGUGGUCCUUGAGGACCCACUGCCUGAUGACACAGAGAAGCCCCCACUCUUCUCUUCCCACAAGCCCCGAGGGGAAUUCCCCAUGCCCAUCACUGUUGCUGGCCCCCACGUUGUACAGCCCAGUGGUCCCCGAUACAAGCUGGAGGGCAACACUGUGCUCUAUGGAGGCUGGAGCUUCUCUUACCGGCUAAGAUCUUCUUCUGGGCUGCAGAUCUUUAAUGUGCUCUUUGGAGGUGAGCGUAUCGCCUACGAGGUCAGUGUGCAAGAGGCUGUGGCACUGUAUGGAGGACACACACCUGCAGGCAUGCAGACUAAAUAUAUUGAUGUUGGCUGGGGCCUGGGCAGUGUCACUCACGAGCUGGCCCCUGGCAUCGACUGUCCAGAAACUGCUACUUUCCUGGAUGCCUUCCACUAUUAUGACAGUGAUGGCCCUGUCCAUUAUCCGCAUGCUCUCUGCCUCUUUGAGAUGCCCACCGGGGUGCCCCUUAGGCGCCACUUCAACUCAAACUUUAAAGGCGGCUUCAACUUCUAUGCGGGUUUGAAGGGGUAUGUGCUGGUGCUUCGGACAACAUCAACAGUCUACAAUUAUGAUUAUAUCUGGGAUUUCAUCUUCUACCCUAACGGUGUAAUGGAGACCAAGAUGCAUGCCACUGGCUACGUCCAUGCAACCUUCUACACCCCUGAGGGACUGCGCCAUGGCACUCGCCUACAAACCCACCUGCUUGGCAACAUCCACACCCACCUAGUGCACUACCGUGUCGACCUGGAUGUGGCAGGCACCAAGAACAGCUUCCAGACUCUGAAGACAAAGCUGGAAAACAUCACCAAUCCCUGGAGCCCAGGUCACUCCCUGGUUCAGCCCACACUCGAGCAGACCCAGUACUCCCGGGAGCGCCAGGCUGCAUUCCGCUUUGGACAGACUCUGCCCAAGUACCUGCUUUUUAGCAGCCCCCAAAAGAACCGUUGGGGCCACGCUCGCAGCUACCGCCUGCAGAUCCACUCUAUGGCUGACCAGGUGCUGCCACCAGGCUGGAAGGAGGAGCGGGCUGUCACUUGGGCCAGGUACCCCCUGGCUGUGACGAAGUAUCGGGAGUCUGAGCGUUACAGCAGCAGCCUCUACAACCAGAAUGACCCCUGGGAUCCCCCCAUUGUCUUCCAGGAGUUCCUUCAGAACAAUGAGAAUAUUGAAGAGGAGGAUUUGGUGGCCUGGGUGACAGUGGGAUUCCUGCACAUCCCCCACGCAGAAGACGUCCCCAACACAGCCACACCUGGGAACUCUGUGGGCUUCCUGAUCCGGCCCUUCAACUUCUUCCCAGAGGACCCGUCCCUGGCAUCGAGAGACACUGUGAUAGUGCGGCCCCAGAAUAAAGGGCUCAACCAUGUCCAGCGCUGGAUUCCUGAGAACAGAGCCUGCCUGAUGUCUCCUCCCUUCAGCUACAAUGGGACCUACAUGCCUGUGUGA